AUGGCGCCGCCAACUAUUGUUCUAAUCACGGGUGCAAACCGCGGUCUGGGAGAAGGACUCGUAAAGCGCUACCUCACCAAGCCUAACCACGUCGUGAUCGCCCUCAACCCCCACCCAACUUCCAAAGCUCUCUCCGAUCUUCCCCAGGCGGACGGCAGCCGUCUGAUCGUCAUCAAGGCCGACGCGUUCGUCGAGCGGGACGCCCACGACGCCGUCAAGGAGCUGGAGCAAUCGCACGGCAUCGAACACAUCGACAUCGUGAUCGCCAAUGCUGGUAUUUCGGCUGUCUGGCCCACGGUAGCCGACGUUAAACUCGCGGACUUGAAGGCCCACAUGGAGCCCAAUGUCUACGGCGUCGUGGCGCUGUACCAGGCGACGCGCGCGCUGCUGAAGAAGUCGUCCAGGGAGCCCGUGUUCGCGCCGAUGGGGUCCACGGCCGGCAUGUUCAAUAACCAACCACCAAUCCCCAAUGCGGCGUACGGCCCGUCGAAGGCGGCGACGAACUGGUUCGCUAUCAGGAUCAACACCGAGGACGACUGGCUUAACGCCUUCGUCAUGUGUCCCGGCUGGGUGACGACCGAGCUGGGGGCCGUGGGCGCCAGAGGCCUGGGCUUCAGCGAAGAAGCCAUCGCCAAGAUGUUGAUAGGCGUCGAUGAAUCGUGUGAGGGUAUGAUGAAGGUGCUCGCGGAUACAUCCAAGGAGAAGCACGGCGGGAAAAUGGUGGCCUAUAAUGGAGAUGUCAUUGAGUGGUAG